ACAUGGCUAUACCUAGAAUUCUGAAUUAUAUAUAUAAUGAUUACUAUUAUUAAUUUUUUUUAUAUGUAUAAUAAUAAAAUAUAAUUAUUUAACAAUAGUAAAAGCCACAAUACUAUAUACAUGUAUAAUAUAAUCAUCGUUUUUUCAUUGUUUGUGAUCAACCAUGCAGAAAGCCGGGCUUCCGCUUUCUUUUAUUUCAUAUUAUAUAUAUAUAUAUAUAUAUAUGUAUAUAACACGCGUGUAUAUAUGCUUGUUUGUGUUUAACUCAAUUUUCAAACAUAUAUAUACGACAUUAUUUUAUCGCAAGUAUAUUCAUGAUAACAAUAAUUAAUUAUUAUUAAUAUUUUUCAUGUUGCAUACACACACGUGUAUUUUUAUAUAUAUACCUAUAUAUAAAUUGAAAUUGAAACAUACAUGUGGAAUAGUUGUUGAUGAGUUUUUGGUUGCGGCUGGCUCUACCUAGGGCUCUACUACUUUUAUUACUAUCGCGACUAUUGCUACUGUCAUACUACUUGCGUAUGAAUAUAUAUAUAUAUAUAUUAUUGCUUAAAAUAAAAAAUAUUAUUCUUAUAAAUAUCUCGUAUAAUAAUAACAAUAUAUAGUAAAGUUAAUGUGUUGAUAUAUACCUGUAUAGAAUUCAAUAUAUAUGAUAUGCGUGUGGUGUGUAUAUAUAUAUAUAAAAGUACGAGCUGUGUGCAUCAGCAGCAACUGGAUAUAAAAAUAGGCUAAAAUAAUAAUAAUGAUAAUAAUAUGUACAUGUAAAAAUUAAAGCAUCAUAUUGUAAAAUAUAUGUGUAUCGAGUAUACAUAGAGGGCCAAAAAAUCAAAAAGCCAAAAAAAUCAUAAAUAUAUGAUAUAUUUUUAAUAAUAAUUGAAUAUAAAUUUUUAUAAAAAAAAGAGGACAAGUUCAAGUUUAUUGGGUGUAACAACAUUUAUCAUAUAAUAAUAAUGAUAAUAAUAAUAAAUAAAAAGUAAAUAAGAAAGUAGAAUAUGAGUAAAGAGAAAAAAAAAAAAAGAAAAAAGAAAGAAAGCUGUUGUUGGAGGGAUGUAGAUAUAUAUAUAUACACAUGUAUACAAGUGAAAAACUUCUAGGAGAGAUCUGCAAUGUUUUACCAAAGAUCUCACCUUUUUUAACAUGUACAAUUGCAAAAUAUUAAUAAAUAAAUAAUAUGAUAUGCUAUUGAAUAUAUAAUGAAAAAGAUUAUAAAAUUUGUAUUAAAAAAAAAAACGAUAAUUUUUAUAAUUUUCAUAGUCAUUUUAUUGAAUUUAAAUAUAUAUAUAUUGUACUAAUUUAAAAUUUAAAACAACCAACGAGACGAUGCUCGUCAUGUACCAAUUUUGCUUUCUUUCGAGUUGCACUGUUGUAUGUACAUGUAUAAAUAUAUGUGUAAUAUGCUGCUGAUGCUGAUGCCGAUGCUGCUGAUGAUGAUGAUGAUGUGGGUGAGUGGGUGGGUGGGUGGUUUCAUAUACAUAGUGGGAGAAGUUGUGUACAGCUGGCGUGGAGAGCAGGAAUAUAUUCUUCGGAAAGAUAAUUUUGCCUGCAACGAGUACAAUUUGGUUGUCGAGUUGAUUCAGUCGAUCGUUUUAAUAGCUCUUGUCUAUUUAUUAUUAGUAUAUUUAACAAAAAAAGGUAUAAAUCAAUUAUAUAUAAACAACAAUUUAUUAAUAAAUAAAAAAAAAAAGAGGGGAUAAACACGUGUCGUCAAAAUUAAUCAUCAUCAGGCAAAAAACAGUUUCAGUCAGUCAGUCAGUCAGUCAGCCAGUCAGCCAGUCAACCAGUGUGUGUUAUGAUACUUACGGAAGUUAAAAUCUAAAAAUAUCCAUCCAACUUUGGCACGUUUUAGUCCGUUGAACUUAUUACACGCAUCUAUAUAAUAUAUAUUAUAACCACGUGUAAUUUUUAAUUAUCAUUUAUUUAUUGAUAUAUUCAUUUGAUUGAGAAAAAAAAAAAAACAAAAGAAAAUCAACAAAUAUAAUAUAAUAAAUUUAUUAAUAUUUAAAUGUCUGGUGAAGGCACAUCGGAUGAAGAAGGCUCUCAAGAAGAUUCCAUUAAUUAUGACAUUGAUGAUAUGGAAAUUAUUAAAACCAUUGGAACUGGUACAUUUGGAAGAGUUGUUCUUUGUAGACAUCAAGGAAAUCAUGUGGCUUUAAAAAUUUUAUCAAUGCUUGAUGUUAUACGAUUGAAACAGGUUGAACAUGUCAAAAAUGAAAUAUCAAUAUUAAAAGAAGUCAAACAUCCAUUUAUUGUUAACAUGCUUUGGAGUGGUCGAGAUGAGGCAAGAGUAUACAUGCUUUUGGAAUUUGUUGCUGGAGGUGAAUUAUUUUCUUAUCUUCGUGCAGCUGGAAGAUUUUCAACUCCAACAAGUGCAUUUUAUGCUGCUGAAAUUGUUUGUGCAUUGGAAUAUCUUCAUUCAAAACACAUUGUUUAUAGAGAUUUGAAGCCAGAAAAUUUAUUACUCGACAGUCAAGGUCAUCUCAAGAUCACAGACUUUGGUUUUUCUAAAAAAUUGACUGAUCGAACAUGGACAUUAUGUGGUACACCAGAAUAUUUAGCACCAGAAAUAAUACAAAGCAAAGGACAUAAUAAAGCUGUUGAUUGGUGGGCAUUGGGUGUAUUAAUAUACGAAAUGUUGGCUGGAUAUCCACCAUUUUUUGAUGAUAAUCCAUUUGGUAUUUAUGAAAAAAUACUUGGAGGAAGAAUUGAAUGGCCAAAACAUGUUGAUCCAAUUGUUAAAGAUUUAAUUAAAAAAUUAUUAGUUGCUGAUAGAACUAAAAGAAUUGGUAACAUGAGACAAGGAGCUGAAGAUGUUAAACGACAUCGUUGGUUUAAACUCAUUGAUUGGUCACUAGUACCUAGAAGAGCAUUAACACCACCAAUAAGACCACAAGUAAAAACACCUGGUGAUGCUAGUUGUUUUGAUGAUUAUCCAGAAACAGAUUGGAGAUCUCAACCAUCUUUACCUCCUGAACAAUUGGCACUUUUUCAAGACUUUUAAUAUUCAUGCAAUAUCUACAUAUUAUAUCAGUUGGAUAGUAUAUAAUGAAUUAUAAUUUAAUUAUUGUUUUUUCUAUUAUUUGUAAAUACGCGUAUUAUUAUUAUUUAUUAUAUUAUAGUAAUUUGUUGCAGAGAUUAAAAAAUUUAUUUGUUAAAUUGGCUAUUUGAUUAUUUUUUAUUUUGUACAAAUAUAAAUUAAUAAAUAUUUUCAUCAUCAACCGCUGGUAAAUAAUCAGUAAUUUUCUUCUUUAACGCGUUUAUUUUGUUGUUGUUAUAUAUAUUUAUUGAAAAAAAAAAAAAAAUCAUCAUAUAUACGGAAAUCAUAUAUAAAAUAAUAAAAGUUUAUCGAUUAUUAUUUUUGGCCUUGACACGAGUUGUAUAAUAUUAUUAUUAGACCAAAUAAAAUCAAUUUAUUUUAUAUAUAAACAA